CAACAACGGAGGAUCCCGAUAGAACGCGCGUUCUCGUCCUCGACGCGUUGAAUAUUGGCUGUCGUGCAGACCAACCCAUCAUGUCAUCGAUCCAUGUCGACAAAGUAGAUUUGGCGACAUAUCUUGCCACCGUCGCCUCGACUGCCCCAACAGAUCUCCAACCUUAUUUUGAGAAAUUUCGAACCCAGCAUGAUCGAAAACUGUGGCAUCAGUUGACUUUGACUUUGGAGGAUUUCCUUAAUCAACCGGCUUCUGCACCUUACCAAAUUGACUUGUUCAAUAAUUUUGUGCGAGACUUUGAAUCGAAAUUGAACCAACUAAGGUUGGUCCAGAUAGCGGUGAAGUCGAGUAAACAGUUUGAACGACCAGAUGAUAUGCUAGAAUUUCUCACCGAUUUACUCUCCCGACUAUCGAAGACCGAUGCUUCUGAAGCAUAUGUUAUGCUCCUUUCAUCUCUCGCUCAUGCCAAAUUGCUUUUUGGUGAUGCCGAAGGAACGAGAGUGGACAUUGAAGAAUCUGGCAAAAUUCUUGACCAGUUGGAUGACGUCGAUCCUAUCGUACAUGGUGCAUACUAUAGUGUAUCUGCAGACUAUUAUAAGGCUCGAGCUGAAUAUGUUCCAUACUACAAAAACUCCCUCUUAUACCUUGCAUGUGUAAACCCUGAGGCGGAUCUCUCGGUAGAUGAACGUGUUACCCGUGCGCAUGACCUGGGAGUUAGUGCUCUGUUAGGGGAGACCAUAUAUAACUUUGGCGAGCUGCUUAUCCAUCCCAUUUUGGAUUCACUCGAUGGAUCACGGCAUGCUUGGCUGAAAGAGCUUCUCUUCGUCUUCAACGAGGGCAACAUUGGGAAGUUUGAAGCCCUUGGACCUCAACUCCCACGGGAACCUCUUUUACAAGAGAGCUAUUCGUUUCUACGGCAAAAAAUAUGUCUAAUGGCGCUGAUAGAGGCCGUUUUCAAGCGGAAUGCGCAUAAACGGACGAUGACAUUCCAGAUCAUUGCGGAGGAGACCAAAUUACCGAAGGAUGAGGUUGAACAUCUUAUCAUGAAGGCACUCAGCUUAAAAUUGAUACGAGGGGAAAUUGACCAAGUCGACGAAACAGUGAACAUUGACUGGGUCCAGCCCCGCGUUCUGUCCCGCCCACGGAUUGGGCAACUGGCCGAUAAACUUACGUUGUGGAUCGGGCGCUUGGAAAAAGUUGAUGAGUUCGUUAAAUCGAAUAGUAAGCUUUUCUCUGCAUGACACCUAUCGAGGCAGCAUUGUAUUACCUUUCCUCAGCAUUCGUAAUCAAGCAUCGAUGCAUCAAUAAUAAUAUAGCGGUUAUAUGGACUGUAGAUGCCAAUCUACUCUUCAGUGCCAGCGUGUAUCGAGG